AUUGCACGCUAAAGACUAAUCUUUGAGGUUAUAAUAUGAGGUUACUGAAGCGAUGAUCGGACAGACGUCAUUUUAGUUCAUAUAUUCGACGAGAGGUGGCGCUUUACGGCUGCUCGCCACAGUACUGUUCUGUGGGCGUAAAUAUCAUUUGGUAAAUAUCAAGCAGUGUUGGAAAAAUAACAAGGUGUUCGAUCAUGGUAGACUUCCUAGCAGAAAACAACAACUGUGGGCAGACGAUUUUACGUAUCGUUGCCCGUGGUAACGCAAUCAUUGCAGAGCUGUUGCGACUGUCCGACUUCAUUCCACCAGUGUUCAAGCUUGAAACCAAGAAUGACCAGCAGAAAUAUGGCGAAAUAAUCUGUGAUUUCAUCUACUUUAAAGAGCCGGACGAAUAUGACUGUAGGAUAGAUUCGAAACCAGAAUUGCAAGAUUUGGAUGAAGAGUUACGAGAAAACAACAUUGAGAUUCUGACAAGAUUUUAUUUAACAUUUGAAAGUGUUCACAAGUACAUGACAGACUUAAACAGAUUUUUAGAGGACUUGGAUGAAGGUGUUUACAUCCAGCAAACAUUAGAAACUGUGCUUCUAAACAAUGAUGGCAAGCAACUUAUGUGUGAGGCUAUGUACUUAUAUGGGGUCAUGCUGCUUGUGAUUGACAUGCGGAUAGAGGGAACAAUCAGAGAGAGACUGCUCGUGUCCUACUACAGAUACAGUGCCGCCAGGUCUACAGGCGAAUCAAAUGUUGAUGAUGUUUGUAAGCUGCUGCGAAGUACAGGGUACUCGAGCAGUCCCGGUGCCAAGAGACCACCUAACUACCCAGAGGAAUACUUUGGGCGCAUACCCAUCAACCAGGUGUUUGUGAACAUGGCGAUCGGUCACCUGCGCUCGGACGACGUCUACAACCAGGUGGCCGCAUACCCGUUCCCCGAGCACCGCAGCACGGCCCUCGCCACGCAGGCAGCCAUGCUCUACAUCAUCCUCUACUUUGCGCCGACGAUCCUCCACCAGCAGCAGGCGAAGAUGCGCGAGAUAGUCGACAAGUACUUCCCCGACAACUGGGUCAUCAGUGUAUAUAUGGGUAUCACAGUGAAUCUUGUUGAAGCUUGGGACCAAUACAAAGCUGCUAAGACUGCAUUAAGUAACACCCUGGACCCUGCCAAUGUGAAAGAACUGGCGACGCGGCACGCGCGUAAGAUGAGGCAACUCAUCCCGAUAGUUCAGCAGUGCCUGAAGGAGGGCGCUCUCACCGAGGAGCUCGUUCUCGACCGCAUCCCGAAGCUGAUGAACACGAUACGCGAGUGCAACGUCGUGCUGCGCUGGAUGAUGCUGCACACACACGCUCCGCAGAACGCUGCUGAGGCCAACAAGAGAUGUCGACAGGUGAGAGAGCAGGUGAUGACUGAUAGCAAGUGUGAGGCACUGACGCUGUUCCAGUUGCUCAUGCUCACGGCCCACUUUGAGCUGAAACUGAAAGAGAUGUUCAAGCAGAUGUUAGCUACAAAACAAGACAAGUGGGAACUGUAUAAGAAAGAGAGCACUGAACGCAUGACUGAACUAACGGAAGUGUUCUCUGGAGCAAAACCCCUCACCAGGGUCGAGAAAAAUGACAGCCUACAGGCCUGGUUCACAGAAAUGGCAAAGCAGAUCGGAUCACUGAACUAUGAUGACUCUACAUCUGCAGGCAGGAAGAUUGUGCAGCUUAUACAGGCAUUGGAAGAGGUGCAAGAGUUUCACCAGCUGGAGAGCAUAAUGCAGGUGAAACAGUUCCUCACGGACACCCGCCAGUUUCUUCACCAGAUGAUCCGAACGAUCAACAUCAAGGAAGAGGUUCUCAUCACCAUGCAGAUUGUCGCGGACAUAUCAUACGCCUGGGAAAUUAUCGACAGUUACACUGACUAUAUGCAACAAGGUAUAAAGAAUGAUCCGUCACUGGUGAUCAAGCUCAAGGCAACAUUCUUAAAGCUGGCGUCUGCGCUGGACCUGCCACUCGUGCGCAUCAGUCAGGCGGCGAGCCCCGACCUCGUCAGCGUGUCGCAGUACUACUCGCGCGAGCUCGUCGCCUACGUUCGCGACGUGCUGCAGGUGAUCCCGCGAACGAUGUUCGCGCUGCUCAGCCGCAUCAUCGCUCUGCAGACGAGCCAGAUGCGCGAGCUGCCGACGCGGCUAGACAAGGAGAAGCUGAGAGAGUACGCGCAGCUCGACGACAGGUACCAGGUGGCCAAACUGACACAUGACAUCUCAGUAUUCACAGAGGGUAUAUUGAUGAUGAAGACAACCUUAGUCGGCAUAAUUAAGAUUGAUCCUAAGCAACUGUUAGAGGAUGGCAUUAGGAAGGAGCUUGUUACUCAAGUUGCAAUGGCUCUGCACAAGAGUCUGGUCUUCAAUCCGAAAGCAAAGUCGAGCGAGCUUAUUCCUAAGCUGGAAGUGCUAGCGGCCCACAUGGACGGGUUCAGGCGAUCAUUUGAGUACAUCCAAGACUACGUCAACAUCUAUGGUCUUAAGAUCUGGCAAGAGGAGAUGUCUAGGAUAGUAAACUACAAUGUCGAACAGGAAUGCAACAGCUUUCUGAGAACCAAGGAUAGUGCGAGAGCUGCAGGGAUUCCUGACGCUGCUGGAGAGAGGUGUGCUGCGUGACAAGGUCUGGAUGGAGACGUUCAGCUCACUGAUGACCUCUCUGAAUCCCGUCAACAGCUGCGUCGCUCAGCCGAACAAGCUCUACAGCCAGGCGACGUCUAAAGCAUCGAAGAUCUUGCCUCCAUUCCUCGAUAUUAUACUCAAGGUUGGACAGAUGCAACUACUGAGGAACUUGAUAGCCAACGAGCUGAACACGUCGUGCAAGUUUGACUCGAAGAACCUUGCAAGUGUCCUCGCAACCUUCAACGAGGUCCUUCUUGGAGAGGUGCAAGCACAUUAUGCUGACCCAUCUCUCCCCUACCCCAAGGAAGAAAACCCUUUGCUGUACGAACUAACAUCCUACCUGGAAGCAGCAGGCAUGAAUAACCCAUUUGUCAAGAUAUAUGUAACUACAAAGCGGCUGCCCUACCUAGCUCUCUUCGUGUUUCUGUUCGUGAUUGGGCAGCUACCGAAACUACAAUACAUCAAGAGCUUAGGCCUUCUGCAGUCUAAGAAGCUCACCGAUCACCUGGAUGAGGUUCCGUUCAUCGUCGGAACGUUCACCCUGCUGAGGCAGUUCCACCCGGAGAACACGAACCACUUCUUUGCGCUCCUCGGCCAGUUCAUCAAGUCCACUGUCGAGAUAUCUCUCGGUUCAAAAACAGGUGACCUGCCACAAGACGUAGCAAACGUCCUACUCUUCCUGGAAUCAUUCAUGCACUAUGGCAGUCUAAAUAAAAAACUUAUGGAAAUGUACAUUCCUCCAUACAUGUUGGACCAGUUCCAUAACAACAUGACAGCAGCGUAGUGUGUGCUCAUCAUAUCUGUAUAUUGUGCUGAUCAAAAUCGUGUGACCAAAUCGAUUAUAAUUAUAUAUAAUACGAAUAUUAAUUAAACAUAUUAUUGUUGUAAUGACUUUUUAUGAUUUAUAAACUGAAAACGUGUUUAUAUUUACUAUAUACUGGAGCAGUCUGCACAACUUUAGUGUUGCCAAUUGAGUAAGGUGCUUGGCAUGAUUGACAGGCAGCUCUAGCCAAUCAAUGCUGGCCUAGGUCGUUCUAAAAGCCAAUGCUUGGCAACGAAGUGCGGCAAAGUCAACAAUUUGAUGCGCAUGUGUGACAAACACGUAAAAACUGGUCAAUAUCUUGUUCAACCCAGCAAUUAUCAAGAUCCAAAGGAGGGGGUGAGAGUCAGAGAGGUGGGUCAGUUAUAUGGCAGCCACUGAUUGUAAGUGAUUCUGCCAAAGAUUGCACUUAGAGACUAUACUGUUUGUCAGGAUUUCUCUCCUUUUGAACCUCCAAUUUUCUUGAGAUUCUUCUGGUCAAUCAUUUAAUCAGAGGUUUCAAGUGGUACAUGCUAGCCCAAUCUAUAACAACAACUGUUCAGUUUUUUUCCAAUUUGAGGGAAUGUGGGUUACAAAGAUAUAUACUAAAAUAUCUUUCAUUUGCGUUGUGUUUUAAGCCUCUAUCAAAUCAAUUCCAUAACAAUGCUUUCAUGUAGGCUUUUUGAUGUGCUGAUAAAUGAGCAUUAAGUACACUUUGGUGACAAUAAAUGUUCUUCAUGA